GAGAAGCGGCGCGGCUCCCGAGCAUGGUGUAAGGAGAAUCGUCGAACGGCCUGGGCUGCGGGGAUCAUGGAGUUCGAGUUGGACGGCAGUCUCAAGGAAUGGGCGAAGGACAAGCCGCUGAGCAUCCUGCAGCUCGAUCCUGCCGACCGGGCGGUAUUACGAAUCGCUGACGAAAGAGACGCCAUACAGAAGAAGACCUUCACGAAGUGGGUGAACAAGCAUUUGAAAAAGGCGAGCAGACAUGUCGGAGAUCUGUUCGAGGAUUUGCGCGAUGGCCACAACCUCAUAUCCCUGCUGGAGGUGCUGUCAGGCGAGCAUCUCCCGCGGGAGAGAGGCCGUAUGCGUUUUCACAUGCUGCAAAACGUUCAGAUGGCCCUUGAUUUUCUACGGUACAAGAAAAUCAAAUUGGUCAACAUCCGAGCGGAAGACAUCGUGGACGGUAACCCGAAGCUCACCCUCGGCUUGAUAUGGACCAUCAUUCUGCACUUCCAAAUAUCCGACAUAGUGGUUGGCCAGGAACCGAACGUGACCGCACGCGAGGCUCUCCUGAGAUGGGCCCGACGAUCGACCGCCCGAUAUCCGGGCGUGCGAGUGACCGAUUUCACCGGUUCUUGGCGUGACGGUCUGGCUUUCAGCGCUCUUCUUCACAGAAAUCGACCGGAUCUGGUCGACUGGAGAACAGCGCGCUCGAGCCAGCCACGAGAACGGCUCGAUCGGGUGUUCUACGUCGCCGAGCGCGAAUAUGGCGUUACCAGGCUUCUCGAUCCAGAAGAUGUUGACACUCCCGAACCGGAUGAGAAGUCCUUGAUAACGUACAUCUCUUCGCUCUACGAUGUGUUCCCGGAGCCGCCGGCCAUUCACCCUCUCUACGACGCCGAGGCGCAAAGACGAUCCGCAGAAUAUCGCGAGCUCGCGAGCUCGCUUCACUUGUGGAUCCGGGAAAAGAUGGCCCUCAUGCAAGAAAGAUCCUUCCCACCUACGUUGAUCGAGAUGAAGAAACUGGCGGCGGACAGCACCAAAUUCAAAAACGAGGAAGUGCCGCCGCGCUACAGGGACAAGCAGAGAUUGACGUAUAUUUUCCGAGACUUGCAAAAGUAUUUCGAAGCCGUGGGUGAAGUGGACAUGGAACCGGAAUUGCACAUUGACGUUAUCGACAAGAAUUGGAAUCGCCUGAUGAUGUUGCAUCAGGAACGCGAGCAGGCGAUCAUAGACGAGAUUAAACGACUUGAACGCCUGCAACGACUUGCCGAGAAAGUUCAUCGCGAGAUGAAAACGACCGACAACAGACUGGAUGAGCUCGAGAGACGAGUUGAAGACGAGGCUCGUAGACUCGAUCGUAUUCAUCCCUUGGAAGCGAAACACGCGGUAGAUCUACUGGAACAGGAUAUACGCAGCACGGAAACACAAAUACAGAACAUAUUCACCGACGUGCACACCCUCACCGAGGGUAGAUACAGUCAAGCACCGGAACUUCACAAGAGAGUGCAGAAACUGCAUCAAAGAUGGGUCGUGCUACGAUCCCUUCUGCACAGACGUUUGAUACAACCGCUCUCGGCGGUUUCUUUCCCGAUGGAAGAGCGUGUUGUCACGAAACACCGAACCACCAUUCAUGAAACACGAUUGGUCGAUACCAAUCCUCACUUCCGAGCGUUGCACGAUUGUAUCGAUUGGUGCAAGAGCAAAUUGAAGCAUCUGCAAGAAGCGGAUUACGGAUCGGACUUGCCUAGUGUGCAAAAUGAAUUGGAUGUGCAUCAGAGAGAGCACAAAAACAUUGAUCAAUUCCAGGCCAAGGUUGACAAGUGCGUACAGGCGAAGAACAAUUUUCACGGCGAAGAACUUACGUUGUACAGUCAGCAUCUCAGUACUCUGCAGAAACUCUAUGCCGAGCUUCUUGCCGUAUCGAAUAAGAGACUGUCCGAUUUGGACACUCUUCAUGAUUUCAUACAAUCGGCGACCGGCGAACUGGUUUGGUUGAAUGCCAAGGAAGAAACCGAAGUCACGCGCGAUUGGAGCGACAAAAAUCUCAAUGUACAGAGCAUCGAACAAUAUUACGAGUCAUUGAUGAGCGACUUGGAAAAGCGCGAGAUACAAUUCUCGGCCGUGCAAGAUCGCGGCGAAGCAUUGAUUCUUCAGCAUCAUCCCGCGGCUAAAACCAUCGAAGCCUACAUGUCCGCGAUGCAAAGCCAAUGGGCCUGGCUGCUGCAACUCACUCUCUGUCUCGAGGUACAUCUGAAACACGCCGCACAAAAUCAACAAUUCUUCAAAGACAUUCAACAGGCGGAACAGUGGAUUUCCAAACGUGACGAAACGUUGAAUACCGUUUACUCUCAAUCUGAUUUCUCGUUGGAUGAGGGAGAACGGCUCUUGAAAGGCAUGCAAGAGCUACGCGAGGAGUUGAACAAUUACGGCGAUCACAUACAGAGAAUCGUGGAAAGAGCAAAAGACAUCGUUCCCAUGAAACAGCGCAAGCAACCUGUUAUGCGACCGCUACAGGUCACUUGUAUCUGUACCUACAAACAAGUCAAUAUGUCAAUCGAGAAAGGGGAGCAGUGCACGUUAUAUGAUAAUUCUGGCAGAGUUAAGUGGCGCGUGAAAAAUACACAGGGCGUGGAAUCUCCAGUGCCGGGUGUCUGCUUCGCGUUGCAACCACCUGACAAGGAAGCGCUAGAUGCUGCGGAAAGAUUGAGACGACAAUACGACCGAAGCGUUGCUCUCUGGCAACGAAAACAAUUGAGACUAAGACAGAACAUGAUAUUCGCGACUAUCAAGGUAGUCAAAGGUUGGGACUUGCCACAGUUUCUGGCGAUGGGUCAGGAUCAACGUACUGCCAUCAGGAAAGCACUGAACGAAGAUGCGGAUAAACUGCUUUCCGAAGGAGAUCCGGCUGAUCCGCAACUGAGAAGAUUGAAGCGAGAAAUGGCGGAUGUCAAUCGACUGUUCGAUGAAUUUGAAAAACGCGCCAGAGCCGAAGAAGAAUCGAAGAACGCCGGUCGCAUUUUCAACGAUCAGGCUUCCUCGCUUCAACAAGCUCUUGACGAAGCCGAGAGAGUACUAAACGCGCGCAUAGCUUCGCCUUUGCCUCGAGAUCUCGAUAGUUUGGAACAUUUGGUUCUUCAGCACAAAGACUUCGAACAGAAUCUGCAACGCUUGGCGCCGGACGUGGAACAGAUGCAGCAAACGUUCCGCGGAAUUACUUUGAAGACUCCAGCAAUGAGAAACAAACUCGACAAUAUCACGACCAAGUGGAAUAAUUUGUGGAAUCUGAGUAGUCUGUACAUCGAGCGUUUGAAGUGUGUCGAAAUUGUAUUGAACAGUCUCGAGGAAAACACGACCGUUAUCUCCGAGUUCGAAAUUAAAUUGGCCUCUUUCGGCGAACUUCCAUCGGACGUGAAGGGCCUGCAGACCGUGUUGGAGGAUCUGAUGGUUUUGCAAAACGCUAUUACACAACAGCAAAUAUCGGUAGAUCAGCUGAACGAGGACGCGCAUAACGCUAGGCGUCUCGUAGAGAAAUCAAGACCGAAUCAUCGCGGUCCGCACGGCGAUAUGGACAGAUUGGACGCUGAAGUCAACAAACUGAACGCGCGUUGGACGAACGUGUGCGGACAACUGGUGGAUAGAAUGCGCAGUGCGGAGACGGCUUACGGAUUGGCACAACAGUAUCAAACCUCGUAUCAGAACGAAGUCGACUUUGUUGACGAAUCCUACGGAAAACUGGAGCUGGAGAAUACGAAGAAUCUGCUGAGCAAAGUGUUGGAUCGCGCGCCGGCGAUCGAGGCGGUGAAUCUCACAGGCGGCAGACUGAUUCGCGAAGGAAAGAUCUACGGACAAAGGCUCCGAGCGUUCAAAGAACAGUUGGAAGAUUUCUGCCCGUCGCUGGACGCGUCGGUGAAGAGGCCGCGACGAGAUUCCGUUAAUACGGUCGAUAAUGUUGCGCGCGAUCUAGAUACGCUGAACCGAAGAUACACGACCCUGGUGAACCUACUUCAGGAACGAGUCAGGCAGCUGGCGCUAUUACAUCCCGAGGACACUUCCUUACAGCCGUGUCCACGUCAAACAUGCUCGCCGGGCGCGCGAGCGAUUAGACGACGACGACUCUUCUCGUAUCGCGAGCGCGAUAGAAACGUAAUUUCCGCGUCGCUCCGAUGUGAGCGGAUCAUGAUGAUCGUGCGAAAGCGUGUUCUUCAAGAACAAAGGCCGCUGCGGACGUUCCGCACAGAGUUCAACAUUUACGAAAGCACCACCAGCGAGGAGCGUUACACUUCCACAACUACUCACUACACCCAGUCGCAAUACACCUCCGAGAGGCAUGAGUCCACCGAGACGACGUACUCGAGCGAGACUUCGAAGCGAGGUUACGGCGCGGAUCAGGCCGCGCAUCGUCCUAAUGGCGAGACCGGCAGUCCGGAGGCCGCCGCUUCUCCAAUCGGCAAACGCUUGUACGAGAGCGAGACGACGAGGCGACAACAGCAGCAACAGCAUCAUCAUCAUCAAGAGUUCUCGUCCGUUGUGGACAGCGGUUUUAAUAACGAGUUUAGGGGCGGAAAGAGAGAGCCGAGGGGCAUCGAUGGGGGCGCGGAGAACGUGAUCGACGUUAGGGGUAUCGUAGAUCCGAGUACCGGCGAGAUUCUCACUGUCGGCGAGGCAAUCCGGCUCAGGAUCCUCGACGUUAGGAACGGUAGAAUAGUGACGUCGAGCGACGGCAGAACGAGCGUGUCGAUCGAGGAGGCCGCGCGGGAUGGUAUGAUCGACGCGGCGCUGGCCGAUCGGCUGUUAGGUCCAUGUGGGGUGACAGAGGACGGGCGUCGAGUGUCGCUGCUCGAGGCGAUCCAGCGGGAGCUUUGCGACGCCGAGCGUGCCGACAUCGCGGACAGAGUUAAGGUAACGACAGCAAGCCGUGACAACGGCGCCGACAGCGGCGCCGUCACAGGGGUUAGCGUUGUCGAUGCGAUGAGAGAGGGUUUGCUGGAUCCGACCACGGGCGAGGUUGUCGCCGAGAACGGCGAGCGAAUCUCGAUCGAGGAAGCGUACUCGCGGGGCUAUCUCACCAAGAUAGACGUAACCGUAAAGGUGAAUCGCAAUGCCAUCGCGCUGUCCGAUGCGAUAACGCAGGGUCUCGCGGACGACCGGUCCGGUCGCGUUACCGACAGAAUCACCGGCGAGUCCUACACGCUGGACGAGGCGAUCGAUAAGGGUGUAAUCGAUCCGAACGUGAGAGAGAUCGUGGAUACGCGAAAUGAUGUCAAAGUGACGGUGGCCGAAGCCAUGAAGCGCGGUAUAUUAAAUGCCAAGAAUGGCAGAUACAUGCACGGUCUGUCGAUGGAAAAGCUGCCGUUCAAAGAGGCUCGUCGCCGGCAGCUGAUCGUCAAACCGAUGACGCUCAAAGACUGUUGCGAUCUGGAAAUCAUUGACGACAAGGGCAAAAUUGUCAGUCCGGCUCAUCGAAGUAAACUAACCAUACCGGAAGCCAUAUCCCGAGGCGUUUUAGAUUCCGAGAAAAUUAAAUCCAUAGUGGACACACGAACGGGCGAGAUGAGCACGCUGAACGAUGCGUUGAGCGAAGGAAUAAUUAAGGUCGAGGGCGCGUAUCGCGACAUGCUGAAGAACGAAGAGUUUUCGAUUCCUCAGGCUGUCGAGAAGGGUCUCAUCACGUCAGUUACGCAAAAAACUAUAUUUGACAUAGACGGUUUCAAAGAUCCGAUUUCUGGCGAAUACAUCAGUUUGAACGCGGCUCUGCUGAAGGGUCUGAUUAGCUCGAAGUCCGGGGGCACAUUCAUAAUCGAUUUAAAAACCGGAAAGACCGUUUCGUUGAGCGAAGCGGAGGAACAGGGUUACAUCAGGGCGGAAGUGAUGGAAAUGCUGAAUCGCGGGAUCGGCAUCACCGAGAACGGGCGCGAGGUGAGCGUUUUGGAAGCCGUGCUGCUCGGAUUGCUCGAUUCGAAGUCCGGCCAGUUGCUGGAUCCUCGUAGUAAGAGAAUAGUGCCUUUGGAGGAGGCGAUCAAACGCGGACUCAUCACUCCCGACGGUGCGGCGUUGCUCACCAGCAUGUUGAACAUAGCUGUCACCACUCAAACCGUGACGAAAACUAUCAAGAAAUACGUGACGACUCUUCAAACCGGCGAGGUCAUCACGAGGAACUACAAGAUCAGUUACGAGGAGGCGUUGAGCAGCGGUCUGAUCGAUGAGAGUAGAAAUGAGUUUAAAGAUCCCGACACGGGAGUGACAAUAUCCAUCGAGGACGCUGUUGAACAAAGUCUGCUCGGUGAUGUUCGCCACCAGAGUGCAGUCUCGCGAGAACGCACUCCGGAUUCAACAACUUUCGAAAGUACCGUAACGGCGGAUAUUGAAGAGUUUCCUCGAAGUAGAAGCAGAUCUCCACCUAGAGCAAUUGGAACGGUUACUACUAUUAUCACUAAGGAUGUAGCACCACGAGCGUUCUCCACACCGACGAAGGAAUCUUCCUUCGUUACGAUGACAAUCGCAUCGUCACCGACAACUGAUACUUCUACUAGAGAUUCGACAUCUACGUUCGAAGAGCCAUUGUCUUCCAGGAACGUCAGCGAAUCGAUCGAAAUGACCUCCGAAGUAAACGUAACGUCGACAGUGCAUACCUCUGAAGAGAAACACGUGGUAAGCUACUCGGAUACUUCUUGUUCGCCUGACGAAGAAAUGGAAACGGAAGUAAUCUCAACUGUGCCAGCUACAAGUCACAGACCGGAAAUCGUGAAAUUUAUAGAAAACGAGCGUGCUUCUACGGACAAACGAGUAUUUGAAUUACCUACGGACGGAUGGACACUAGUCGAAGCUAUCGACAGAAAACUGUUCGAUCCCACAACGGGUCUUUUUAUAAUUCCAGGCACAGACAGAUUGGUUUCCUUCGAGGAGUGCAUCAAGCUUCAGAUUAUCAAUCCGAAUUCUGGUUUUGUAAUCGAUCCGAACAAUGGAAGAAAAGUGUCCUUAGUCAGAAGCUUGGAGAAGAAUAUUUUAGACUCGACGGGUCAUUACAGUUAUCCGCAAAAGAUAUCGAUGAAAGAAGCGAUUGAAAAUGGAUUGAUCAUACUGGAAGGCGGGCCGAACGUGGACAGCGAUAACACCAAUCAGAGACUUCUUCAGAUCACGAGAAUAUCAGGCAAACCUGACGUAGUGGAAUUAACGCAAGUCGGCGAUCCUACUCGGCAAACGGAAAUCAAAGUUGCCGAUGAAGUUUCCAUGCCGGAUCCGGUUCAAGUAACUCAGGGAAUUAUUUACGAUCCGGGAACGGCUUUGGUAAUCUCCACGAAAACUGGAAAAUCGGCGAAUCUGCUGGCCGCCGUAACCGAAGGAACUGUUCCAUCUUCCGCUGUGAUAGUCAAGGAUCCGACGACAGGCAAAGACAUCAGCAUGACGGAUGCUGUUAAUCGCGGUAUUCUCGACAUGAACGCGCGCGAGUAUAAGAUCGACGACGGCAGGAAGAUAUCGUUACUCGACGCGACGAAAUUCGGAGUGAUUGCCGUUCUCGGCGCUCCCCUCGCGGCCACCGCGGCCGCUAUAGAAGCGGUUCAGAGAACGAUGGUCGAAGAUCCCGCGACCGGCAAGAAGGUGCCGAGAGAAGUUGCAAUCGAACGUGGCAUCAUUCCGAUGGACGACAAGGCGAGUUCACCGAUUACUGAAUCUGCGAGCAGCACGCCUGUAGAUGAAAAUAAAAAACUUGCGCAAAGUGAAUUUGAAAAAGUGCCUGAGGACGACACGAAGAGCGCAGUUACAAUCGAUACGCCGAAGAUACAGUCUGUUGACAUUCCGGACGGCGAGAGUCUCGGCACGAAGACCAGAGCGCGAGUCACGGUCGAGCCUAGAUAUCAGGUUACGAUCGGCAAAGCGAGGACUCUGUCGCAGAGUCCCGAGCGAGAGGCAAAACCUAUCGUUCUUCAGAAAAUGCGAAAGAGAAUAGUGAAAGUGGAGGAAGCGUUGCAGAGCGGCCUGAUCGACGUAGAAACGGCGGAUACCUUCGCGAAGAGAAUGUGCAAUGAGGAAGGAGAACCAAUAACUCUUUCAGAAGCGAUUCGCGACAAUCGAAUAAACGCCGAUCGAGGAGAGAUAGUGGAUCCUCAACGAGGCGACGUGCUUACCAUCAAACAAGCUAUCGAUCGCGGUAUUUUAGAUCCCGAAGGUGCGCACAUAUUGAUGCCUCUGGCAAAGAGUCUAUCGGUGCACAGCUUGUACACUCAGGGUCUGUUGGAUCCUCUGGAAGGCAAAAUCGUUCAUCCUGAGACAGGCGCACAUCUCACGCUGAACGAGGCUAUAGUUUGCGAAAUAGUGGAUCCUUUGUCCAACUUGAUGUUUACCGUCGACGGUCGUACGGAAACGUUGCAAUCUGCCAUUGCGAACGACACCAUCGACGCUGACAGAUCGUUGGUCAAAACGCAAGACGGCAGUGUCAAUCUGGUCAAGGCGAUAGAGAACAAGGUGUUCGAAUUAAAGAAAUCCGCUGAGUCUUCCGACAUACCGCCCGCGGGAAUGACGUUCCCUGUCGCGCUGAAACGCGGAUUGAUCGAUACGAGCACGAAAAAAGUACGUCAUCCGAUCACUGGAGAACAUCUGGCGUUGGAGGACGCCAUAAAGGACGACUUUAUCAUGACGCUACCUUGUCCAGUCGCUCCUGACAGCAUAGAAAUAACGAAAGCUCUGGAAUCCGGAUUGAUCGACAGAGACAACCAUGUGUUUUUCCAUCCUACCACGGGAACUCCCAUUCCCAUUGCCGAAGCUGUCGAGUCCGGUUUGCUCGUAAUCAAACCACCGGCUGAUAACGCCGUGGCUGCUAUAACCGAGACAGUUACGUCGUAUCACACAAUCACGACCAAAACCGUCGAACUUUUGCCGGGUUACGCGCUGAAGAGCGCAACGGAGGUGCAAGACAUCAAUACUGGUAAUAUUAUUACAAUUGAGGAAGCUCGACAAAGAGGAAUCAUAAAGGACGAAUCGGAAAAUAAACAAGAAUUUACAACGAAAGAUAUUAAAAUGUCCUUCGAUUACGCGGUGGAAAAAGGACUUGUCGACAUGAAAACCGGUGUUUAUACAGAUCCUUGCACCGGCACUACAAUGACUAUCGCCAAGGCCGUCGAGGAUGGAAUACUCGAUACUUCUUCUAGCAAGAGCGAAUCACCUAGGAAAUCGUCCAACAGUGGUUUAACCGUGUUGGAGGCGGUCGAGCAGAUUUACGACGACAAAACCGGAACAUUUAAAGAUCCUGAGACGAACGAAUCUUACAAUCUGACAGAAGCGAUGGAGGCUGGCUUAAUCGAACCCGAUUCCGUACUUUACAACGUGAAAACCAAAGAAUCUAUCACUACUCGAGAAGCAAUUGAGAAAGGUCUGCUCGAUCCGGUCACUGGAAAGAUGAAGAACGUGCGAGAUGAAAAGAAUCGUUCGAUCAGCAUAGCGGAAGCUACGAAGAUGGGUCUUCUGGCAGUCGUUGCCGCACCGUUGCUAGCUGGAAAAGCAGUCGUCGAUGCCAUUUCAAGUUAUAAAUCUCAAGAAACAAAACCGUCCGGUAUUCCUGCGACGACAAAGUCACUCGCCACAACGGAUAAAGUAUCAGAUCUACAAACGGCACGGAGUCAAGACGUUUCUAAACUUUCCCAGAUUGAUUCUUUCGAAAAUAAAAUUCGUAUUUCCGAAGAAAGCACGAAACAAGCGGCGCAGAAAAUACAGGAACCAGCUUUGGUAACAGACGCAGAAGAAAAGACGGUUUCCGAAUUGCCUCUUCGAGAAAGUCGACCUGUCGCAACUUCCGCGAGCGAUAAAGAAAUCGCGGAGAUGGAAAUGGAAGACGAUGGCAAUCUGAAAGACAUUACAGAUGAAGACGUGCCUAGACAACUUCCAGUAAUUAUCACGAGAGAAUUAACACCUCGGGAUCUCGCAGAACUUGGAGUAUACGAUCCGGUGAGAGAGAAAUUUCUGGAUCCAGAAACUGGCAUCGUCACUUCCUUCAACGAUUUGGUUCUGCAUCUUAAAGUUUUCGAUCCCGAUCGCGUGCUAGUUAAAGAUCUGUCAUCGAAAACGGACGCGUACGUGAAAUUGCGCGAGGCGAUCAGCAGACCUCUUGUAGACCGAAACGUCGCUUACAUGGUCGAUCCAAAAACUGGCAAAAAGAUACCGUUCUUCGACGCAGUGCGUUUGGAAUGGAUCAAAGAGGAACCGGAGGAAGAGGAAGAUGAACUUGUAAGAGAACAGUCUGAGGAAUUACAUUCUUUAACUUUACAAGAAGCGAUCGAUGCCGGCGUGUGCGAUCCUGUUGUAGGAAUAUUUCAAGAUCCUAAGUCGGGACGAACUUUGUCUAUUAGCGAGGCCAUCAAUGUGGGACUCAUUGACGCUGAUAUGCUUGGUGUGAGAAAUAUGCUUACCGACGAGAUUAUGCCAUUUUCCGAGGCGCUGGAAACCGGUCUUGUGGAUCUUCGUAACGGUUCCGUUUUCGAUACAAAAACAAGAACGAAUAUCGACAUCACUGCUGCGUUCUUGCAAGGUCUGAUCGUGCCGAUUUCUCGCAAGCCGAUUUCGCUGGAAGCCGUGAUCAGGAAAGGUCUCUACAACGCCGAGACGAGUGAAAUACAAGAUCCACUGACUAAACAAUCGAUUAACAUCGACGAGGGUGUUCGUAGAGGUGUCGUCGACGCUUUUAUUACCGAAAUUCAAGAUACGAAAGCUGGCUCGUCCGUUUCGCUGGACGACGCACUGACGAUGAAUCUGUUGAAUCCUGUCACAGGUCAAUUGCGCGAUACGAAAGCUGGAGAACUUCUGCCGUUAGACGUGGCGCUUAACAAAGGUUUAAUUAUCACAACGCCGUUCGUACUUUCGCUGAUCGAUACGAUCGUUCAGGAAUAUUAUUCGCCGAAGACUGGUCUCGUUUUGAAUCCCAUGACAGGCGAGAAUCUAACGCUAAAAGAUGCACUGGCUAUUGGUUAUGUGAACGGCUCCACCACGGCAGUGAAAGAUGACAGGAAAGAUAAAGUCAUUUCUCUUGACGAAGCUGAGGAAAGUAAACUGCUCGACCUGGUCAAAGGAACAUUGACCUAUCCACAUUCCAUGACGUUGGAUAUUGCUUUUGAAAAGGGAUACAUUUUGAGCACCGUAACACCAUGGACAUUACAGGAUGCUCUAGCGCUUCAGAUUUACGAUCCAAAAUCCGGCACAUUUAGCAUCGACGGCAAUAAUUAUACUCUAGAAGACGCGAUCGAGGAGGGUUUUAUCAGCAAAGACAGUCCGUCUAUUAAGGAUCCUAGAAACAACGAUAUUAUAUCUCUGGGCGACGCUAUCAAGCACGGUUUUAUCAAUGCGAAAACAGGUACCGCUAUAGAUCCGCACACCAGCGGAUCUCUUCCGUUAAGUGACGCGUUGGAUCGCGGACUUAUAGUGCCAGCGAAACGUAAGAUAUCUCUACCGGAAGCUGUAUUCAAAGGUUUGUACGAUCCCAAGACCGGACAAUUCACAAUACCCGAAACACAAGAGAAGCUUCCUACCGAUCGCGCGAUCAAGAUGGGCGUGAUAGACGCUUCAACUGCAAUCGUACGAGAUCCCAACGGCGACGUAAUGACGUUCAAUAAAGCUAUCAAGACCUCUGUAGUCGAUCCUGUAUCUGGGACAGUCAGCCACGCCAGAGGACCACCAGUGGACUUCCAGGAAGCGUUGGAACGCGGUCUGCUUGUUGAAACAAGAAGACCCAUGAGCUUUAGCGAGGCCAUUUCGAAGGGUAUUCUCGAUGAGAAAACCAACAGGUUCUUAGAUCCACAAACGGGCGUUUAUCUGACUGUACUGGAAGCUAUUCAAAAGAAUCUGAUAGAUGCUGAAUCAGUUACUGUGAAAGAUACGCGAUCCAACGUCUGGAAGACGAUGACACUGAUGGAAGCUAUACAGUCAAACUACGUGGACGGAACUACAGGCUACCUCAACGAUCCUAACAAAGGUAACAGAAAUGUAUCUCUGAAAGACGCCUUCGAAUCUGGUCUCAUUGUUGACAAUAGAGCUGCCGUGUCCAUACAGCGUGCUAUUCAUCAAGGAUUGUACGACGAUAACACAGGCAAGAUUACCGAUCCAAGCACAGGCCGAACCGUGACACUGCACGAAGCGAUGAGAAAGUGCAUUAUCAGCCCCAUGUUACCGUGUUAUUGGGACAAACGUGGCGAAAGAUUGUUGUCUCUGGCGGAGACAUGUCGCGCUGGCGUGAUUGACAGACGCACCGGAAUGUUCAAAGAACCAGGCACAAGUGGCUCAGUUUCGUUAUCGGUCGCGUUACAACUCGGUCUUAUUGUUGACAUCGAAAGCAUGGGAUUCAGUUUGUACGAAGCGAUACAGAUGAACAUGUACGACGUGUCGUCCGGCAAAUUUGUGCAUCCGACCAGCAAUCGCAAGCUAACACUGGCCGAAGCGUGCCAGGUAGAUUUGAUAAAUCCUCUCACGUCAAUCGUGAAAUGCACCAAGUCAAAUAAAUACAUUCCGCUAGCUGAAGCAAUUUCUUCAGGUAUCAUCGACGACAUUCGUGGAACAUAUGUCAUUUUGGAUCUUGACAAAGCGAUCAAUCUACAAGAGGCGAUGAAGAAAGGUUUUAUCGUUACCUCGAAAAUGCCUUUGUCGAUAGAGGAAGCGGUCAAGUGUCGCUUUUAUCGCGGCGACAGUGGCAAGUUUGUUAAUCCCGUUGUAAACGAGUAUUACGAUCUGCUUCAAGCGAUCAACUCUGAUCUCAUUGAUCCCGAUGUCACCGCGUUGAAAGAUGCGACAACUGGACAGAUCAAGUCGUUGAUUGCGGGAAUCGAAGACGGAACGGUCGACGUAUCUCGGGGUAGAAUACUCGAUCCUAAAACGACACGUGCCUUUAAUAUUGAUGUUGCGUUGGAACGAGGUCUCUUGGUUACGAUCGACAAACCUUUAGCGCAACAGAUAAUUCGCAAAUCACCAUUGGAGACUUCGAAAGCCGGACCUGGCGACAGAAACGUCAAAGAAUGCACCCUCGAGGAAGCGAUUAAUUAUGAACUAAUCGAUCCGAACACGUCGGUUGUGAGAGACCCUAGAACUGGUCGAUUUGUAACGACAUCAAAAGCGAUAGCAGACGGUGUCGUAGAUCCCUCCGUCAAGGGUACGAUCGAGCUGAACGGCGGAGGCAAGAAAGAACCGCGUUUCGUGCGUUUCGCUGACGUCACUGUAUUCGUUAGGAAACCUCUCACUUUUGAGGAGGCAAUCGAAAAGGAAUAUCUAACGUUGGAAACGGGCAAAUUCACUGAUCCGAUCUCGAAUGAGCAAGUGACCCUUAAGGAGGCGGUCGGUCGCGGUAUGAUCGACUCGGAUUCAGCGUUGAUCAAAGACUCGCAAAAGAAGAAGCUGGUAAAAUUACCGGAAGCGUUCCGCAAGGGCAUGAUGGACGCGGAUAAGGGCAAUGUAUUGGAUACGUCUACGUCCAAGUUGUACAGCUUGCCCAAGGCCCUGGAAACCGGCCUGUUGAUCACCCCGCGGAAUGGCGUUUCGUUCAUCGAAGCGUUGCAAUUCGGUCUGUACAAUCCGACCACAGGUGGCUUUCACGACCCCUUCGUUGUCACCUCUGUGCUAGACCGCAGGCGUCUCACGCUGGCAGACGCGAUCGAGUCAAACCUGAUCGAUCCGUUCACCACCGUGAUCAAAGAUCCGUUCACGGGUAAUAUCGAGAGUCUGUUAGAGGCAGUGAGUAGCGGGAAAAUAGAUUCCGUGGGGGGCAGGUUAGUUGAAGAUACGGACGGCAGGAGUAUCGACUUCGUGAAGGCCUUGGAGCGGGGUUAUAUACUCGCCGCUGAAGCCAGGCAAGCGGUUGAGGAGAAGUACAAGCUCUGCGACGAAACAUUGUCUAAGCUCCUGCAAUGGAUCUCCGUAGUUGAGGACAAAUUGGCGAAUCAAGACACUGUCAAAGAAGAUGUGGAAGAACUAAGAAAACAAAUAAUUGCCAUGAAGGAUAUAAAAGAGGAUCUUGAAUCGCACAGUCGACCAGUCUCGUCCUGUUUGGAUCAGAUUCGACAAGUUGUCCUAACCGGCAGCAAUGUAUUGUCCAGCGACGAAGUGUCCACAUUAGAGAAGAAUGGCCGAUCCUUGAAAACUCGAUUUGACAAAGCUCUAGAUCGUACUGACAGAUUAGUGAAACGUCUCACUGGUGCUAGAGAUGAACUGACGAAAUUCAAGAAUGAGCUCACAACAUUUUCCAUUUGGUUGGACAAAGCCAGAACCGUACUCGAGGACAAAGAACGUUCCUUGUCCGAUUUGAACAAGUUGAGCAGCAGCACGGACACCACGCGCGAUUUUAUCAGCGACGUGAUCGCUCAUCAGGCGGAUCUGAGAUUUAUCACAAUGGCCGCGCAAAAGUUCGUCGACGAGAGCAAAGAGUAUCUCCACGUUCUCAACGACUUUAGAACCACUUUGCCGCAAAGAUUGCCACACAAAGAACCGACCGCUAGUCAGGACUCACCAGUGCGAGCCGAAGUAUCCAGCGCGACAGCUCAUUACAAGGAUUUGUUGUCUCGAGCGAAUCUCUUGUCAGACAGAUUGUCAGGAGUUGGCGGUAAACAGAGAGAUUAUCACGAUUCUCUGGACAAAGCUAGAACAUGGUUGAAGGAAGUCGAGCCAAAAGUUCACAGAGUCAUCUCCGAACCAGUAGCCGCGGAACCAAAACAAGUAGAGGACCAAUUGAGCAAAGCCAAAGCGCUGAAUAAUGAAUUCCUCGCCAAUGAGCGCUUGAUCGACAAUGCCAAGCAUAGCGUAGGAGCUUUAUUGAAUUCUUUGGAAGGCCAAUUGACGAUCAAUGAGGCUAACGAUCUUGAGGAACCGGUGAAAGCUCUGGAAGACAAGUACAAGCAGCUUAGUAACGCUCUGGCCGAAAAAUGUCAAGAACUUGACACGGCGCUCGUACGAAGCCAAGGAGUGCAAGAUGCGUUGGACGGUCUCGUCGCAUGGCUGAACAACGUUGAGAGUCAAUUCAAAUCGCUUCAACGUCCGGCGAGCUUACAGAAGGAACGUUUGGAAGAACAGCAAAGAGAACAGCGAUUGCUUCAGGCGGAUCUGGACAGUCAUCGUUUGAGCGUGGAAACUAUUACGACGAACGCUCAAGAUCUCCUUCUGAAUUCGAGCAACGUCCGCAUCGCCAAGCGUAUUGAAAGCAAAUUGAAAGAUGUACAAAGUCGAUUCGAAAAAUUAAUGGACAAGUCUUUGAGACGUGGCGAGUUUCUGGACGAGAUAGCGCAAGCCCUCAACGAAUUCCUCGCAGACGUGUCCAAAUUCGAAAGUUGGUACGCGCACAUGAUGGAAAUUCUCGAUUCGAGAGAACUGAGCAAAUUAGAUGUGUCGGAAUAUGAAAUCAAGAUGUCUCAGUUGAUCGAUAUGCGCGAGGAUCAGCGUGGCAGUUUCGAAGAUCUCAUACGUAACGGAAAAAAUCUGAUUUCCAAGAAAGAUAUUACCGAAGCUGGCGCGAUCAGAGACAAGAUCAAAGCUCUCGAGAUCCAGUGGAAGGAACUGAACAACUUGCUCGACGAGAAGCAACGAUUGUGCAAAUCGAGGGCGGAACAACACACGGCGUAUGAGAAGCUGCGCGAUCAAGUGCUUGAUUGGCUUACUCGUACGGAGAACAAGGUGCAAGGUCUCGAGCCAGUCGCCGUAGAUCUUGACAGACUAAAGAUGCAACAGGAGGAAUUGAAACCUAUACAAAAAGAAUAUCGCGAUUACGGCAACACCGUCGACAAAAUCAACGAUCUCGGUAUUGCUUAUGACAGUUUGAUGAAGGAGCGUGGCGAAAGUCCAACGCGUCGACGCGGCAGUACAAGUCCGACGAAGAGACCAGUACUGCGAAUGUCACAAGACGGUCGCUCGCCGUCACCCACUAAAUCCUACGCAGUUCAAAGUCCGGUCUCCCCAGGUGGUAGCAGCGGAUUCAGCAGUCGCCGUUCGAGCCAGGACGGUUUCCAUUUGGAAGAAUUGUCGCCCGUUCAACAACAGCUAUCGGAAAUUAAUCACAGAUACGAAUUGCUCGGCGCCAGAUUGUCCGAUCGUCAAACGGAACUGGAUAACAUUAAAGAGGAAGUGAAGAAACACUUGGACCAUUUGAAAGUGCUCUCUCAAUUCUUGGACAAGAUUCAACGGCAGUUGCCUAAAGAAAGUAUGCCCGCCACCAAAGACGACGCGGACAAGACGGCCAAGCAAGUCAAGGCUCUUAUCGAGGAGAUGUACGAAAAGCAAUCCUUACUGGACAAUACUCGAACGCAAGUGCGCGAUUUGGUCAGACGUAAGAAAGGAGCAGACGGCGUUGACAGGUUGAACGAUGAGAUGGAAGACGUCGCCAGCCGAUGGAAAUCGAUUUCGGACAGAUGCAAGGACAGAAUUAAAUUUUUGGAAGAUAUCAAAGAUUUCUAUGACACAUACGAGGGUCUCAAUUCUUGGCUCGGCGCUAAAGAACGUAUGCUGGGCGCCUUGGGACCCAUCUCAGCCGAUCCCCGCAUGGUCGCAAGCCAAGUGCAGCAAGUGCAAGUUCUGCGAGAAGAAUUCAGAACUCAGCAGCCGCAACUGGAUCAUCUGAUACAAGUUGGAGAAAGUAUACUCGUCGCGAUAUUCGUUGACUCUCCGGAUGGACAGAGAAUAAAUGCGAAAUUACAAAACGUUCUGCAGAGAUGGGCAGAUCAAAUGGGAAGAUUGGACGAGAGAGCUCAGAGUUUGGGAGACGCCGUUGAUACUAGUCGCGAAUUCGAUGCUAGUCUCAAUCGACUGCGGGACGCUUUGCAAGGAAUCUCAGACAACUUGGACGAGUUGACUCUUGAGAAGGAUCCGGAGGAACAACUUCGUAAGGUUGAGAAUCUAGAGAGACAAUUGGAAGGCCAGAGACCGUUGUUGGCGGACGCGGAAAUGGCCGGUGCGCAACUGUGCGAAGUUCUGAGCGAUCCGGGAUCGAAGUCCGAGAUUCAAGGAAAACUCGCCACAGUCGGUAAGAUGUAUAACAACUUGCAGAAGAAAUUGGAUCACAGGAAGGCCGAAAUCGAAGGUAGUCUUCGAGAUGGAAGACAAUUCGAAGCGUCCUGCAGCAAAACACUGGGAUGGCUCGCGGACGAACUUGGAAACAUGUCUGAAAAGCUGUUGGUGUCUGCUGACAGAGAAAUUUUACAACAACAACUGGAUCAUCAUGAGCCUGUGUAUCGAAACGUGAUGAGUAAAGAACACGAAGUUAUAAUGUUGCUGAACAAGGGACGCGACAUACUCGCGCGAUCCCAGAAAACCGAGAACCGCUCUCUUCAACGCGAUUUGGAUAAAAUGCAAUCUCAGUGGGAUCGUCUGAAAAAGGACACUGUCGAGAGACACACCAGACUGCAAACUUGCGCAGAGCAUUGCAAAAAAUAUUACAAAGCUCAAGAUGCGUUCCUUCCCUGGCUCCGACAAGCCGAAGACAAAUUGGACAGUUUAAUUCCCACCUCCUUCAGACGUAAGGACAUAGAGAAGCAGCUGAAAGAAUUGUCGUCAUUCAGAAACGAGGUGUGGAAACACUCGGGAGAAUACGAAAACAACAAAACACUCGGUGAGACAUUCGUUGGUGCUUGCGACAUCGACAAGCAGAACGUGAAGAACGAGCUUAGCGCUAUGAAAACUAGAUGGGACAAGUUGAACAACGAGUUGCUGUCUAGAACACAGUCUCUGGAAGAUACCGCGCGUCACCUGAUGGACUUCAAUGAGAACUUGCGCGAUUUGCAACACGGUUUACAGCGUUGCGAAGACAAGUUGGCUUCGCACGAUGCUCUCGGAGGAGCAGCCAAAGAUCCAAAACUUCUCGACAGAAUAAAGAAUUUGCGAGAGGAAACAACGAGCUUGAAGAAACCUUUGCAAUGCGUCAAACAACAAGCCAACGAUCUUGUGAACAAAGCCGGGGAGCAGGGCGUCGAUGCAACGCACUUGCAAGACGAAAUUGACAACGUUACAGAUCGCAUUAAUGAUCUGCAAGCGAAACUCGACGACAGAUGCAACGAGUUGCAAAGCGCGGCGACGGCAGUCGCGCAGUUCAACGAUCAGGCGAAAUUGAUCAGCCAGCAUCUGUCCGCUCUUGAAAAAGAUUUGGACUCCAUGAAGGCACCCGGUAGAGAAAUCAAGAUCGUACGUGGUCAAUUGGAGGAUAUCGCCAGAGUCAUCAGCAAAAUUAACAAGCUUUACGAGGAGAUUGGCGAUCUGGAAAAUCGCGGCGAACGUUUGGUCGAUUACGGUUUUGCCGCUGACGCCGUGGCAACCAGAGAUCAAGUCGAUGGAUUUAAACGACAAAUCGGCAAGCUGGACGAGCGUGCUCGCGCCAGGGAAGAUGAACUCACCUCUACCUUAAACAAGUUGCAAGAAUUCUAUCAAUCGCACGUACACGUUAUGGAAGGUAUUAGCGACGCGAACGAACAGGUUAAAAAGUUCAAGCCUGUUGGAUCCGAAGUGGAUUCGAUUAAAGCUCAACAGGAGGACUUCAGGGCUCUCAAAGUUAAAAAAAUUGAACCGUUGGCGCACGCUGUUGAGGAGUGCAAUGUACUCGGUCAAAGCCUCAUACAGACUGCAGGACGAGAUGUGAACACUAGCAACAUCGAGAAAGAUGUCGAUAAAAUGAACGAAAAAUGGAACGAUCUGAAAGAUAGGUUGAACGAGCGAGACCGCAAACUGGAUGUUGGAUUGUUGCAAUCUGGCAAAUUCCAAGAGGCCUUAGACGGUCUGGAGAAAUGGUUAACCGACACUGAAGAAAUGGUUUCGAAUCAAAAACCACCGUCCUCCGACUACAAAGUCGUAAAGGCGCAGUUGCAAGAGCAAAAGUUCCUGAAGAAGAUGUUGAUGGAUCGCCAAAAUUCUAUGUCGUCUCUCUACAAUAUGGGACGCGAGGUGGCCGCGGAUGCGGACCCGAAGGAACGUAAGGCCAUCGAGAAACAAUUGAACGAUCUCGUAGGCAGGUUCGACAAUCUGACGGAAAGUGCCGCGGAGAGAAUGGAUGCUCUCGAACAAGCGAUGGCGGUGGCGAAACGAUUCCAAGACAAACUGGUGCCGCUUGCCAUUUGGUUGGACAAGACAGAGAAGAAAGUAAGGGACAUGGAACUGGUUCCCACCGACGAAGAGAAGAUACAGCAACGCGUCAGCGAGCACGACGUGCUUCACGAGGAUAUUAUAUCAAAGACGCCAGAUUUCAGCGAGCUCACCGAGAUAGCAAGUCAAUUGAUGUCGCUUGUAGGCGAGGACGAGGCCGCUGCUUUGGCUGACAAGCUCCAAGAUGCGACUGACAGAUACGGCGCCUUGGUCGAAAGAUCCGAGGCUCUCGGCAGUUUGCUACAACGUUCGAGACAAGGCUUACGUCACUUGGUUCUCACAUAUCAAUUCCUUCAGGGAUGGAUGGAGAACAUGGAAAUUCGACUUUCGAAAUAUCGCAUCUUGGCCGUGCACACGGAGAAGCUUUUGCAGCAAAUGGACGACCUUGCUGACCUUACAGAAGAGAUCUCUACGCGACAAACGGAAGUUGACAGCACUGUGGAUUCCGGUCUGGAACUGAUGAAACAUAUUUCGAGUGACGAGGCUCUUCAGCUAAAAGACAAAUUGGAUUCUCUUCAACGACGCUUCAACGAUCUUGUCACGCGUGGAUCGGAUCUUCUGAAACACGCCCAGGAGUCCUUACCGUUGGUGCAACAGUUCCACGAUAAUCAUAACCGUCUGAUGGAUUGGAUGCAGGGCGCGGAAUCUGCUCUGCAGUCAGCCGAACCUCGCGAGGAAGAGAUCAUCCGACUUGAAAUGGAAAUAUCAGAAUACAGACCUGUCUUGGAUAAGAUAAACGCUGUUGGUCCUCAACUAUGUCAAAUGUCGCCGGGAGAAGGUGCCGCAACCAUCGAAGGUCUUGUGACGAGAGACAACAGAAGAUUUGACGCAAUCGCCGAACAAAUUCAGAGGAAAGCAGAGAGAAUUCAAUUGAGUAAGCAGCGGUCUUUGGAAGUGAUCGGCGACAUCGAUGAUCUUCUCGACUGGUUCAGAGAGGUAGACAAUCAACUCCGAGAAGCCGAGCCUCCCAGUAGCGAGCCUGAGAUUAUCAGAGUACAACUAAAGGAACAUAAAGCUCUCAACGACGAUAUAUCCAGUCAGAAGGGUAGAGUUCGAGAUGUCAUUUCGACGGCGAAGAAAGUUAUACGCGAGAAUACUCAGCAUGAGGACACGUCCACGAUCAGAGACAAGAUGGAAGAUUUACGCGAGACGAUGGAGAUUGUCUCGGGGCUUUCUUCGGAUAGAUUGGGCGCUCUGGAACAAGCUUUGCCACUGGCCGAACAUCUUCGCGACACUCACGCUGGCCUGGUUAGCUGGCUCGAAGAGGCCGAACAUCAAAUCGCCAUGUUACCUAUGCCCGCUCUACGACCGGACUUGAUAGCGGCGCAACAAGACAAAAAUGAACUUCUCAUACAGAGCAUCAAUGAGCACAAACCUCUUGUGGAGAAACUCAACAAGACCGGUGAGGCUCUCAUUAAAUUGUGUAACGAAGAAGAGGGCAUAAAGGUGCAGGAUGUUCUAGACAAUGACAAUGCUCGCUAUGCAGCACUCAGAGCCGAGUUAAGAGGCCGACAACAGGCAUUGGAACAAGCGCUGCAAGAAUCCUCGCAGUUCUCUGACAAACUAGAGGGUAUGUUGCGCGCUUUGUCUUCCACUGCCGAUCAGGUAAACGGCGCCGAACCUAUAAGUGCCCAUCCAACUCGUUUGCGGGAUCAGAUGGAAGAGAACGCAGCCUUGGCGGACGACCUUGCACAGAGAUCUGAAGCUUACGCGGCUGUUAAAAGAGCUGCAGACGACGUGAUCAGCAAGGCUGGCAACAGAGCCGAUCCAGCAGUGAAAGACAUCAAGCGUAAACUGGACAAACUCAACAAAUUAUGGACCGAUGUGCAAAAGGCUACGACCGAUCGUGGUCAUACUUUGGACGAGACUCUGGCUAUAGCCGAGAAGUUCUGGGCCGAGUUGAACGGAGUGAUGGCUACUUUGCGCGAAUUACAAGACGCGCUUGCUGGACAAGCACCACCAGCGGCUCAACCAGCCGCCAUCCAGCAGCAGCAAGUGGCAUUGCAGGAAAUCAGACAAGAGAUCGAUCAGACCAAGCCGGACGUCGAACAAGUUCGAGCAUCGGGACACGAAUUGAUGGGAUUGUGCGGAGAACCGGACAAACCUGAGGUGCGGAAGCACAUCGAAGAUUUGGAUCAGGCUUGGGACAAUGUCACCGCUUUGUACGCCAGACGCGAAGAAAAUCUUAUCGACGCCAUGGAGAAGGCGAUGGAGUUCCACGAGACGUUGCAGAACCUGUUGGAGUUCUUGCAGGAGGCUGAGGAUCGAUUCGCGGACAUGGGCCCACUCGGCAGCGACAUUGACGAAGUAAAGAAACAAAUCAAGCAGUUGGCCAGCUUCAAAGCCGAAGUGGAUCCGCACAUGGUGAAAGUCGAGGCAUUGAACAGGCAAGCGGCCGAGUUGACAGAAAGGACUUCUUCCGAACAAGCAGCAGCCAUCAAAGAACCUCUCGGUGCCGUAAACAAACGAUGGGACGGAUUAUUGAGAGGUUUGGUAGAGAGGCAACGAUUACUGGAGAACGCGUUAUUGCGACUCGGUCAAUUCCAACACGCUUUGGACGAAUUAUUGGUGUGGAUCGAGAAAACCGACAAGACAUUGGACAAUCUCAAACCAGUAGCUGGCGACCCGCAAGUGAUCGAAGUCGAGUUAGCCAAACUGAAGGUUCUGGUGAACGACAUACAGGCACAUCAGACCAGCGUCGACACUCUGAACGAUGCUGGACGUCAAUUGAUCGAAGACGGCAAAGGAACCGCGGAAGCGUCCACCACAGCUGAUAAAUUAGGCACACUGAAUCGUCGUUGGCGAGAUCUGUUGCAACGAGCUGCUGAUCGUCAACGAGAACUGGAAGAUGCUCUACGCGAGGCGCAGUCUUUCACUGCCGAAAUUCAGGACUUGCUGUCGUGGCUGGCCGAUGUAGACAAUAUGAUAGUAGCCUCAAAACCCGUUGGUGGAUUGCCUGAAACGGCAUCCGAACAAUUAGAACGUUUCAUGGAGGUGUUCAACGAGUUGGAGCAAAACCGCCCGAAGGUCGAGACAGUGUUGCAGCAGGGACAAGAAUAUCUGAAGAAAGCGGAUACAACCAGCGCCGGCGGAUUGAAUCACAAUCUGCGCACAUUGAAACACAAAUGGGACAAUGUACUCGCACGUGCCAGCGAUAAGAAAAUAAAAUUGGAAAUUGCUCUGAAGGAAGCCACCGAGUUCCAUGACGCGUUGCAAGCUUUCGUUGAUUGGCUGACGAACGCUGAGAAGAUUCUAACCAAUCUCAAACCCGUCUCGAGAGUCAUGGAAACCAUACUUCAACAGAUCGAGGAACACAAAACAUUCCAGAAGGAUGUUGGGGUACAUCGCGAGACUAUGUUGAAUCUCGACAAAAAAGGAACGCACCUGAAAUACUUCUCUCAGAAACAAGAUGUGAUUCUUAUCAGGAACUUGCUCGUUAGCGUGCAACACAGAUGGGAACGAGUGGUCUCUAAAUCGGCUGAGAGAACAAGAGCCUUGGAUCACGGCUACAAGGAAGCCAGGGAAUUCCACGACAGCUGGUCGAAUCUGAUGAAUUGGUUAGACGAGACGGAAAAGAUAAUAGACGAGGUUGCCGCCGACGGACUUGGUGGGAACGAUCCGGACAAGAUAAAAUCCCGUCUCAACAGACACCGCGAGAUACAAAAGGCGUUAAGCGCUAAGCAGAGCACGUACGACACUACCAUGAAGAACGGCAAAACGCUGAAGGACAAAGCGCCGAAGACCGACGAGCCCGCUUUGAGAGAGCUUCUGAACGAGUUGAAGAAUAAGUGGACAACGGUUUGCGGCAAAUGCGUGGACCGGCAGAGAAAGUUGGAAGAAGCUCUUCUGUUCUCCGGACAGUUCAAGGAUGCGAUUCAGGCUCUGCUGGAAUGGCUAAGCAAGACCGAGAAGUAUCUGGCCAACACAGGACCGCUUCACGGCGAUUUGGACACGGUGACCAAUCUGGUGGAGCAACACAAGACUUUCGAGAUAGAUCUGGAGUCACGUGCCUCACAAAUGGAAUCUGUUAUCAAAACCGGUCGCGAGUUGGAAUCCAAAGCUUCAAUCGAGGACGCGUCGAUGAUCAGAUCGCAAAUGUCCGAAUUGAAUAGCCUCUGGGACAGAGUAACCAGUCUGUCGUCGAAGAAAUCUCUACUGCUGGAAGAGGCUCUCAGGGAAGCUGAACGGCUUCACAAGGCCGUUCACGUGUUGUUAGAAUGGUUGAGCGAUGCGGAGAUGAAGCUGCGAUUUGCCGGACCGCUGCCGGAAGACGAGCAAGAGAGCAGGAACCAACUGAUGGAACACGAGAGAUUCCUUCGCGAAUUGAAGAGCAAGGAAAUCGAGAAGGACAAUACGUUGGAACUGGCACACAUCAUUCUUGGGAAAGCGCAUCCGGAUGGCGCCGCUGUUAUCAAACACUGGAUUACAAUUAUUCAGUCUAGAUGGGAAGAAGUGUCGACAUGGGCCUAUCAGAGAAACCAGAGACUGGAAAAUCACAUGCAGGGAUUACAGGAUCUUGACAAUCUUCUCGAGGAGUUGUUAGCCUGGCUCGAAGGUUUGGAGAACACUUUGAACGCUCUUGAGGCGGAACCCCUGCCCGACGACCGGGCCACGCUCGAAAUGCUCAUCGCAGAUCACAGAGAGUUCAUGGAGAACACCAGUCGAAGGCAAAAUGAGGUCGAUCGCGUGUGCAAGGCUCGGCAGAUCAAGCCAGUAAAGGAUUCCAGAAAAAUAUCGAAAGUUAAAUCACCAGCACCUACCCGAGGCAGCCCAGGUCGUGACAGAACGCCAGAUCUUACACUGCCGCACAUCGGUCCACGCUUCCCACCUAAAGGAAGCAAAGGAGCAGAACCCGAAUUCCGUAGUCCGAGAGUCAAGCUGCUGUGGGAUAAAUGGCGUCACGUGUGGAUGCUGGCGUGGGAACGUCAACGACGCCUGCAGGACAAGUACAAUUACAUUCAAGAACUGGAUCGUGUCGCCAACUUCAGCUGGGAAGAUUGGCGCAAACGAUUCUUGAAGUUCAUGAAUCACAAAAAAUCCAGACUCACCGAUUUGUUCAGGAAGAUGGAUAAGAAUAACGACGGACUCAUACCGAGAGAGGACUUCAUUCAAGGAAUUAUGAACACCAAAUUUGAAACUUCGCGUCUGGAGAUGGGUGCUGUUGCCGAUCUGUUCGAUCGUCACGGCGAAGGUUUAAUAGAUUGGAAGGAGUUUAUUGCCGCUCUGCGCCCCGAUUGGGAAGAACGACGAACGUACAACGACACGGACAAAAUACACGACGAAGUUAAACGACUGGUCAUGCUCUGCACUUGUCGCCAAAAGUUCCGAGUGUUCCAAGUUGGCGAAGGCAAAUACAGGUUUGGCGACAGUCAAAAACUGCGAUUGGUUCGAAUCUUGCGCUCCACUGUCAUGGUACGUGUAGGUGGAGGCUGGGUAGCAUUGGACGAAUUCCUCUUGAAGAACGACCCGUGCCGCGCGGAGGAGUUUAUGAGCCAGCUGAUGCCGAUAUUUGAGAAUGUGAGGCAAAAGGAGGACCUCCCGUGCUCGUAUCCCCUACACAUGCACGCCCCCUCUUAUCAUUGGGUAAGAGAACGCAGUGCUCGCAGCGUGCCCAUGGGUCAAUCCCGAGCUUCUCGUUCGUCCUUGAGCGCCGGCACACCCGAUAGCCUUAGCGACAACGAAAGUUCCUUCAAGAUAUCCGCUAGGAAAACCAGCACGUCUUACAGAUCUACCGUGACGCCUGGUGGUAGCCGUCCAUCUAGCAGGCCAACCUCAAGACCUGCCUCCCGACCUGCUAGUAGACCGAGCAGCCGACCUGCCAGUAGACAAGGAAGUAAACCGCCUAGUCGGUACGGAUCGACGCAGUCGUUGGAUGACGAUUCGUGCACCCCGAGUCGCAUUCCGCGAAGAACCGUCUUGACUGGCUCCGGCAAUACUCCGACGUCGAGUAGACACAACAGUAUAUCCGGUAGGAAACUCACAACUCCGAUGAACGGUUCGAGUUCCCGGCCGCGCACUCCGACAGGUUUGAUCAGUCCUGCAAGCGGAGUGCCAUCUAGGUUUGGCUCAAUCCAUAGAGCUUCGAGCAUUCCAACCCUGACUGGUGUCGGAACACCUAUCAGCCGCUCUAGGAUACCCGUGUAUGUGGGAGUGGAUAUUAAAUCUCCUCAGUCGACCACCAGCAAUAUGUCGACACACUCAACACAUAGCAACCAUUCUACAAUUUCUACUGAUUCUGGGAGCAGUUCCGUGUGCACGAACUCUGCAACUAACAUACCAACAGCUGUUAAGCAAGCUAGGGUACGCACGCCGUCCAGUGGAUCCAGCACACCGCUACCGCCGUCUUCGAAAUUAUCGAGAAAACCCUCCGGAGCUUCUGACACAUCGGUAUCGGGAACGACCCCAAACACACGGAAGGGAAAACCCACGCCGAUCGAACAACGCGCGCCGUUCCGAUUGUAAUAGCUUUAUUAACGAAAAAAAAAAAACCAUGAUAGCUUGUGCAAGAAACCCGCAUAUAUUAUGCCUGAAACGAGAAUAAAUGCAAAACAUCCCCUUCAAGCGCACUUUUUCAAGUUAUAGCCGCUAUGGUGUUACAGGGAACAUAUACCGAAUAGUGUUAUUGUUAUUAUAGUGCGUGCUGAGAGAGAAAUGCGCGAGAACGCUGAGAGAAAUUCUCUGGAAAUCUGAAAAUUUCGCAGAAAAAAGGCAGAUGACGAAAAUCAAUUAAAUUUUAUAAUAUUAUUUGUUUGUAAUAUUGUUCAUUUUACUUCGAGUUUCACACCGAGUACCGAUGCCAUUAACACAGUUCACUGAUGAGUAUUCGAUGCUCAUUUUUUUUUUUUUUUAGAGUAAGGAAUUAUAGAGAAAAAGAGGAUGGGGAAGUUUAUUUAUUUCGUGCUCGCGUUAGAAAGUGCUUAAAGCGCGUCUAUAGUUUAUAUAAUAUAACAUGCCAGCGAGGAGAAUAAAUUAUUGUUAUAAAAUACUUUAACCGUGGGCGUUACCGCGAAUAUGCGCGGUAAUGCUCUAUAACUGAAAAUAUUUAGGCGAGAUACGUGUGACGAUAUCUGCCAUUUCUCGAUAAGGACAAUACUAAAACAAAAAAAAAACUAGCAUAUAAAAAAAUCAGCGUUUACAUGUAUACUAUAAUUACGCUUACGUUUGAAGUUCAUAUAAUUAGAAAUGCCUGUAAUUACUUUUCAAAAUAAUAAUUUAGCAUGUAAUAUUUUUUUUUUUUGCUCAUUUUGUCAAACAAAAACGCACGCAUGUAUUUUUUGCGUGUGUCGUAAACACACGUCGCGCGUAAAAACGACGAGACGUUAAAAAUUCGUCGAGGGUUUUCUCGAUGAUGAAACGAAAUAUUUGAGAAUCUAAAUAUCUGAGCAAAUUUGUAUACUCGGAGACAUUAAUUUAUUUAAUACUUUUUGCUUUGACGUACAUAUUAGUUUAUUAUGUAAUACAUACGUCGUGUAUUGUGUAAUACACAACGUAAAAUAACGUCUAACGCAUUUGUUUGAAAACACAGAGAAACAUUUUUGUAUGUGUGCGUUGUUACAUGUAUGUAUAAUGAUAUGAUCACAAUUUUGUUAAUCCGUUUUGCAAAUUGCGCCGUACGUUUCCUCUAUGACAGAAAAAAAAUCAUAGAUAUACUUUUUUUUUCUUUUUUUUUUUUUUAUUUAUAUUGUACAUGCGAUCACAUAAUAGAGAUCAACUAUUGUAUUUGUGUGCGAGGCGUGAAUAUUGAUCGUAAAUUUGAUUGUUUAAAAGAAAGAUAUAUAUAUUUCUUUAAGAAAUAUUUUGACGUAUUUAUAUAUAUACAUAAAUAUAUAUAAAUAUGAUAAUUAUAUAUAUAUAUAUAUAUGAUAUUGUGCGAAAAACAAAGUAUCUCGCAGAUUUGUGAAACGGUACGAUAGUAAUCAAACUUAGUUUACGAUUACGCACAAAUUUAACUCUCGAGCGGUUGCGGGUCAACAGUUCAAUUUCGUAGGUGUUAUUUCCGACGAAAUAACAUCUAGGAAAUUCUCUCAAAUAAAUCUCUUGUCAAUUGUCAGAAAAUUUGUGUUAGUUUAAUUAGAAAUUAUUAAGAAGAAUUAUAUAGCCAAGAUAUAUAUAUAUAUACACACACAUAUAUAUAAAGUAAAUAUCGAAAGAAAGGCUGAAUGACACGUGUCCGCUUCGGAGGUCGAUUUUCACUUUUGUUACGCUUCUAAUCGCAUCGAUUAAUAAUUUAUACUCGAGGUAAAUAAAUGAUUUAUAUAAUUAUAUACAAUUUAAUUUAUAUCAUACUUGUGUAAUUUUAUGACGCUAUAUAAGUUAAAUUUUAUAUAAUUAUAUAUUAACAAUUAUUAAUUACAUGUAUAAGGCGAUUAACGAGAGAUUUAAGAGGAAACACACCUAACAGUGUUGAAAAAAAAAAAAAAAAAAAAACACUCAGAGAGAAAAUCGUGUGUGUGUGCGUGUGUGUGUGUAUAUGCGUGUGUGUGAAUAGCUAAGUAUAAAAAACUUAAUUCCUUUGCGCGAAAGAGUGGCCUGUUAUAGGUGACGGGUAGAGAAACUCUAUGAAAAAGACAUUUCCAUUUUUUUUUUCUUUUUUUUUCUUUUUUUUUACAUAAAUAUACUUUUAGACGCGAUUAAAAUGUAACGAGAACAUACGACCCGCGCGCGCGCGAGCGAGCGCGCUGCCUCUUUAUAAAUAUUACGUAAUGCGAUUAAUCUUAUUAACAACUUCUCCCGAUACACGAGAGAAAGUUUUGUUUCUUUUUCACUUACCGAGAGAAGUAUUGUGUAUUGAUGCUAAUAUUAAUAAUAAUGCAGUGAUGAAAAAAAAAGUAACACAAAUACAUACGCACACGCGUAAUAUUUCAGUGAAA